UGCAAAGCUAAUGUUGCCAGGGGUGGUGGUAGUACUGCCAGUUAUAGUACUACCAAUUUAAUUAAGCAUCUCCAGAAACACCACGCAUCGGAGCACCAGGAGUUCCAGCAGUUGAGCAAAUCAAAGGGAGCGGGAGGUGGACCUACAAGGCAGUUAACUUUAGCAGAUGCACUGCAAAGACGGGAGAAAUUCCCAGGCAAUAGCGCAAAAGCAACGAGAAUUACUGAGAAAGUGCUGGAAUUCAUGGUUUUGGAUGGACAACCGAUGAGUGUUGUUGAAAACGAGGGCUUCCGACGUUUACUUGAGCACCUGGAGCCACGGUACAAUUUGCCAUCGCGCAAGUAUUUUUCUGAGACCGCACUGUCAGAAAUGUAUGAGAAAGUGUGCGAACACUUGUCAAAAGAAUUAAGAGAUGUAGAUGCCAUGAGCUUCACAACUGAUAUCUGGAGCUCGGAGGUGUGCCCCAUGUCUAUGUUGAGUUUAACUGUGCACUGGUUAGACAGGAAUCACACCCCUCGCAGUGCCGUGCUGCAAGCUAAAAACCUCCCCGGAGCACACAACGGUGACACAAUUUCGACUGCCAUUAAGGCAAUGCUUGAUAAGUGGAAUAUUCCGCUCAACAAAGUGCAUGUCAUUCUCAGGGACAAUGCCAGCAAUAUGAAAAAGGCCAUGGAAAAGAUGGGAGUGUGCAGCUUGGGCUGUUUUGCUCACACACUACAGCUCGUUGUUAACGAGGGGCUACUGUCUCAGCGAAGUGUGAGCGAUGCGAUUGCAAACGGCCGACAGAUUGUGAAACAUUUCAAACAUUCUCCACUUGCUUAUUCACGGCUAUAUGACGUCCAACUCCAGAUGCAAAUGCAACCUAAACGCUUACAACAAGACGUCAGAACAAGAUGGAACAGCACCUACUUCAUGAUACAGAGUCUGCUGGAACAGAAGCGCGCACCAUCACUGUCCUCAAGCGCAUCCUGACCAAGGAAGACGAGGCAGAUGCUGGCAUUAAAACGAUGAAAAAGACCCUGCUCCAAGCUGUCAAACAACGUUUUGACUCAGUAGAAGAUGAGCCUCUGUACGCCCUGGCCACUUUGUUGGACCCAAUAUAUAAGGACAGAUACUUUACAAGUGAGACCUCUACCAAGCAUGCAAAAGAUGCACUGUUGAAGGAGCUUGAAGACAGGGGCUUGACCAGCACAGCAGGAGCAGCGGAGGCUUCACAGCGACCAGAGAAGGUCCCUCGGAUGGAGACUGCAGCAGAAGCAGUAGCAGCUCCAAGCAAGAGCAGUUUCAUGGAAGCAUUUGAGCAAAUUCUGGAGGAGAGUGAGGAUGCAGGUGCAGCAAGCAGCUCAAGCCCUGCAGUUCAACUGAAUGAAUAUUUAGCUGAGAAAACCAUCACUGCAUCAGACAGCCCAUACAAUUACUGGGAAGCCAACAAACAUCGGCUACCUGAUCUUGCUGCUACUGCCAAAAAGUAUCUCUGUGCCCCCUGCACCAGUGUGGAAAGUGAGCGAUUGUUCAGCACAGUUUCCAACACUGUGAAUGACAAGCGAAACAGACUGACUGCAGACAGAGCAGAAAUGCUUGUCUUCUUGACAAAGAAUUUGUCAUUGCUGCUUAAGUGAGCAUUAAUGAGGGGGUGAGACUGCACAAGUUUCAGAGCACCAGGUCAUGAAUGGUGCGAUUGCACUAUGUAGAGACAUGUUUACGUUGCUUGAUUAUUGUAUUUGACCAAGUCACUUGUUUAUUCUCUUGUCCCGAUGCUAUAUUUUAUUUUUAAUUCCACUCUGCACUUUCAGUAUUUAGAAAUAAUUAUGAAUGUUUUUUUUUUGUGUUCGACUAAGCAAAGCUUGUUUUCAGGGAGCACUUCUCAUUGCUGCUUAAAUGAGCAUUUAGAGCAUCAACAGGUCAUGAGUGGUGUGGAACGGCACCUAAUGUUUACAUGUUUACUAUUUAUUUUAAUAUUUGGUUACUGUGUGCUUGAUCACCCUUUCUAUAUUUGCCC